GUCAAUUUUCCGCUCAUUCGCUAACGUCGUCGCAAAUAAAACACUCGGUUCUUUUCUCACAUACACUGAUACUGACACUAUUAAUAAAUUUAUUCGUUGACAAGUUUUUAAAAUAUUUAUUUAUUAUAAAUUAACAAUGGAUCCAGCAGUCUUCCCCGAGGAAAUAUGGAUUAAAAUAUUAUUAUACUGUGAUGUACCUGACAUUAUUGCGUUCGGGAGUACCUGCAAAUAUUUAAGAAAAACAUCUGACACCGACUAUCUGUGGAAAAUGAAAUGGUUACAAUUAAUAUCAAAGGUACACUUUAAAUUUCCUGACAUAAAAUGUUUACAAUUGCUCAGCGUAAGUUUCAAAGCAAUGUGUUAUCGUCUGCAUAUGGUGAUAACACUUGGAGAGAAUGUCAACGGAGGAACAUUUCCAAAAUGCUAUCACUGCAGCGGGUACACGUGCCAGCGUAACUGCGUCGAGGGUUCCAGUGCUAAAGUUGUGAUCGAGAUUGGGAAUAAAUACACAUGGGUAAUAACCCCGCACUCAGGACUACGCAGGCAUUUUUCGUUGUUUGGAAUCCCCAAGUGUGACAGCAAAACUCAUGUGCAAAAUACGCAUCCGCCACCCGCUGAUAAACCGUGUGAGAAAUUGAACGUAAGUGGCGGUGGCACCGGUACCAGUACAAGUAGUCGCAUUAAGUCUGAUUGUAAAUCAAUAGCCAAGAAACUUAAAUCACUGAAGCUGUCGGAACUGACAACGACCAAAAUACCCCGUCCUAGUGGACCUUUCUGUGUAUUUUGUAACUCUGUUAAGUUGUAUAGAGAAAAGAAGAGAUUGAUAACGCAUCCGCUGGAGGCGAUGUGCUACACCCGAGCUAAUCCUUUGUACCAGAAGCUGGUCAACGGAUACUGCACGGACACUAUUGAAGUACUUGGGAUUCCCAAUGUCGACGUCGUCAGUCCAGCAGAGGCUUUACUUAGCGACGGGUCUUUUUCAGUCUUGAGGACAUUCGUCGAUCACUUGUUCCAUCAAAUGGAACUCACGGGUACUCUGCGUAAACCCAACGCUGUAUUGAUGUUCUGCGAGCCGUUGGCGAUGCAACCGGUAUUGAGAAAGCAGCUGCUUCAUUAUCUUUUCCAGGAAGUUAAAGUAGCCAGAGUAUGCUUGGUUCCAAAGCCGCUGGCGGCAUGUGCGAUGCUUGAUGUUGAAACUUGUGUGGUAGUAGACAGCGGGGCACUGAGCACAACUGUCGCGGUGGUUAUUGGAGGUCGUGUGAUACCACAUCGCUGGCGAUUGCUCCCAGUAGGCGGCUGGCAUGUCGCUUAUCAUCUCAAACAAGCCAUGCACUGGCAACCUAAAGAGUACCAUCAGAUACCGAUCUCACAUCUUGACACGAUGGCUGUCAAAGAGAGAUGCAGAUUGAGUUACAAUAUCGAGAGCGAGGAGCUGAGAAAAGGGCCUACGAAAAGGGAGCAUAUUAACUUGAGAGUUGACAGCUACGCUGAAUACAAACAGUUUUGGAAAGUCUCAUUAGGGCCGGAGUUGUACGUCGCGCCGGAGAUGAUGUACAUCAGUCUAGGUCUGCCGCAAAUAAUAAAAGACGUGACGGCCGGUUUAUCUGAGAAUACGAUGCAAGAUUGUUUGUCGCACAUUCUUUUAACGGGUGGAAAUACCGACCUAGCAGGUUUUGCAUUGAGAUUGAAAAAGGAUUUGCGCGAAACCUUGCCGGAGUAUGAGUCUGUUCUUGAAGUAAGAAGUUGCCCAGGUACACACAGUUGGAAUGUCGCGAUGGGAUCUACGUACGUCCCGUUAGCUGUCCAUCCUGAUAAAACACCACCUGAGUACGUCGAAGGCAAUCCAUUCUGGCUCUCCCGCGAGGAAUACGUUCUCUUCGGCUGUCAAUCUUUGGAAUAAUUACAUAAAAGCAAUUAACUGUUAGGUAAAUAAUGAAGCAUGUCUCACUAAAAGAGAAAAAAACAAAUUGGCAAAUAGGUAAUCGUUUAAUUGUAAUAAAUUCGUCCGUAAUUAAUACGAUUUUUACAUAAAGUAAUUUUAAAAAUCGUGGAAUGUUGAUAACGAUCAAAUAUAGUUUAUCUCACGUUGCAUAUUAACUACUAAUUAACUGGUUAUUAAUCGGACUAAAGGAUAAAUUAUUUAAUAAAAAAGUUUAGUCAUUGAUAAAUAUGACGUUAAUAAUAUAUUUGGGAUUAAAAAUUAAUUUAAAUAAUUUAUUGACGCGAACCGCGAAUUGAUAAUUGAAAUAAUAAACAUAUAUAUAAUAAUAGUUAAAUUAAUAAAUUAAAUUAAAAGAUUUUGUUAUUUUAUUUAAUAUUUUUGUUGAAGAUUUUAUAGUAUACAUUAGUAUUUAAAUAUUAAAGAACCAAAUGACUUAUUGUAAAUCAUAAGUUAUUAAAAUAUAAAUCCCUUUUAUUUUUCACUUAUCGAUAAUACGUUCGAUCUGUAUAUAGAUCAUUAUUAAUCGACAUGUAAAUAAAUAAGUUAAGAAAUUAAUGCUUUAUCGCGGGAAUUAAUAGUGAAGAGAAAUAAUAUUAAUAAUAAUAAUAAUAAUAUGAUGAGAAUAAUAAAAUUAAUAGAUAAAAGUUUAAAUAAACAAGUAAAAGUAAAAUGUAGAUUGGAAGCUUAAUCAAAACUUCAAGACUCUUGGUCUACUUUGUAAAUUUAUAUGAAAAACUUCUUGCCAAACGAUUAAGACAAUUAUAAUAGUAUCAAUUAAAAGUAUAUAUAUAAAUAAAUAUAGCGGUCCUUCUAGUCAAAGCGCGCCUGGUUGUUUAUUAAUUAUAAAUUAUUAUUGAAUAUUGAUAAUUUAAAUUGAAUUGUUUUUUCGAUGUGUAAAAAAAUUAUAUAGUUUUGUUGUUAUUUUACAUACAAAUACAUAAUCAAGUUACGUAUGUUAAUUAGUAUAUAUAUUCUAUUUAGAUACAAAAUGUUUUACGAUUAUUGUUUAUUGAGUGUGGGAAUUAUUUUGAAAUUUAAUUUAAUAUAUUUCGUGUUACUUCAAAAGGACACAUUUUCUUGUUUUUUUGGCUUAAGGCAGUUCCCUGAAGCCAAAAGGGCGCGUAAUUUUCUUUUAUUGCAAAUCGUUUUGAAGACUUAUUUUAAAGCUCAAACUUUUAAAAAAAUUUGAAAACCAAAAGGGCGGACAAUUCAAGUCAUGCGCUCUUGAAACCUUCGAUAUUUUUUUUUUUUAUUUUUCAGCUUUAAAAUAUAGGGUAGAAGUACCAUUUGUGGCCACUGUUCCUUUUUUGGACAUAUAAAACUUUAUUCUAAUUAAUGAAAAAGUAGAAAAAAUUUCCAUUACGACAGCGCGAUAAGAAUAUCUUCGUACACAUUCGAGAAAUUGAUUGCUAUUGCGUUUUUACAAAUUACUUUAUUUGAAUUUUUCAAAUGUCCAAAACUGGCCAAAACGGUACCUGUACUCUACCCGUGAAAAAAAAAUUUGACAUGUGGAAGUUGUAAACCAAAAAUGAGCUUUUUUGGAUUUUUUUUGCACGGGUAAGUCUACCACACGAUUGGCAAUGAGAAAAUAAUUACUAAUUAUUCCCACACUCUUAUUGUUUAUAUUUAUAAUUACGUUGUUGAAUCUCAUUGACAUCUUAAUAUUCCAUCCACAUUCCAUGUUAUUCAUUUAGUUUGUUUCAAUAAAUUUAUUAAUUUCAUUUUAAAGAGUAAUUAAUAUUAUUAUUUUUUAUUUAUUGUAAAUAAUAAAUAAUAUAUCAUAUAUAUUUAUUA